CGUCUGUGUCCCCAUGCAUCUCACCUUGUUUUGAGUCCAUUUCAAGUCUUCUCAAAGCUCGUUUCGAGUUGAAUCUCUCUUUCUUUAAUAGAUGUUUCUCAUUUCCCAAGCUUAGAGUUCAUUGAAGUCUCCUUGAGCGCAAAAUCACUAUAUGGCGACAGGAAUUUCGGCUUCUUUAAACUCCAUGUCCUGCCGUUUGGGCCGGAAUAGUUUCACAGCCACCGGACCCAGCUCGGUGAUAAGUUUGUCGUCUUUCUUAACUCCGGUGACCCACUUGAAGGGGAAUAUUUUUCCUCUACAGAGAAGGAGGAGCUUGAAGGUGUGCUUGGUCCUGGAGAAGAAAAUUGAAGAUGGUAUUGAAAUUGAGGACGACAGUCCAGAAAGCUCGGAAAGCUCGAACAGGGCCUCGGAGAGACUAGCGAGGAAGAAAGCGGAAAGAUACACUUAUCUUGUUGCUGCUAUGAUGUCUAGCCUCGGCAUCACUUCAAUGGCUAUCGUUGCUGUCUACUACAGAUUUUCUUGGCAAAUGGAGGGCGGAGAAAUCCCAGUUCUGGAAAUGUUGGGUACAUUUGCUCUUUCUGUGGGAGCUGCUGUGGGGAUGGAGUUUUGGGCGCGGUGGGCUCACAAAGCGCUCUGGCAUGCUUCACUGUGGCAUAUGCACGAGUCUCACCAUCGACCCAGAGAAGGUCCUUUCGAGCUCAACGAUGUGUUUGCCAUCAUCAAUGCCGUCCCGGCAAUAUCUCUGCUCUCCUAUGGCCUCUUCAACAAAGGCCUCGUCCCAGGUCUCUGUUUCGGAGCUGGACUAGGAAUAACAGUGUUUGGCAUGGCCUACAUGUUUGUCCACGACGGCCUUGUCCACCGUCGAUUCCCUGUAGGACCCAUCGCCAACGUCCCUUAUCUACGAAAAGUAGCUUCGGCCCACCAACUUCAUCACUCUGACAAAUUUAAUGGAGUUCCAUACGGGCUGUUCUUGGGACCCAUGGAGCUGGAAGAGGUGGGAGGCAUGGAAGAGUUGGAAAAGGAGAUCAAUAGAAGAAUUAAAUCAUCUGACUCUUCAUGAAUCAUGACAGCCAUUUUGUAAAUAUGGAAUUUGAUGUAUGUGACGUCAAUCAGUAUGCAGUCUUAUACAAAUGAGAAAAAAGCUUUUCUUUUCUUUUCUUGUUUGAUUCUCCUCGUGUUGGGAGGGAUUCGAUCCUUAAAUUGCGGACAAUAAUUCCAUAAGCUCCGCUGGCUACUACAUUGGAGUCUCCAUCCUCCCUCAUUCAUUA